GGUCUGAUAUCAAGACACAUCAUCUAACAAACAAGAAACAACAUGUAUUCUAAAAUUUUUACUUUUUCGGCCAUUUUGGUCUGUGUGAGUGCUGGUGUAUAUGAUCUAUAUGGUCAUGGACAUUCAGGUUAUGUUGCUCCCAUUGCUCAUGUUGUACCACUGGCGCAUCAUCAUGGUUAUGAUCAUCAUGAUCAUCAUGAUUAUUAUGCCCAUCCAAAAUAUGCAUUCAAAUAUGGCGUUGAAGAUCACCACACUGGUGACUCCAAAUCCCAACAUGAGGAACGUGAUGGUGAUGUUGUCAAAGGUGAAUAUUCUCUUGUGGAGCCCGAUGGCACCAUCCGUACUGUCAAGUACACAGCCGAUGACCAUAAUGGAUUCAACGCGGUUGUUAUCAAGUCGGGACAUGCUGUCCACCCAGCUCCAGUUCCAGUUCAUCAUGCUGUGCAUGCUGUACAUGCUCCCAUCUAUGAGUAUGCGCAUGGACAUGAUCACUAUGGAUAUCACAAAUAAUUUUUUGGCAAACUUAUACACGGGUGUUAUAUGAACUGGCAGUAUUAGCAACGGAUGACUCUAUUUUAUAUUUGUAUAUAUUUAUACCUCAAUGAUGAAUUAAAUAAA